AUGAUUGGAACACAAAAAAAUGGGUCUCAACAGAGCCAGGGUUCAACUUCAUACAACGGAAAUUCUGUGCAUGGAUUGGAGGGUGCCAUCCCCACGUUUCAGCACCAACAGACAAUCUCUAUGGACUGGACACCAGAAGAUCAAGCUAUUCUGGAAGAAGGACUUGCCAAAUAUGCUGCUGAGUCGAACAUUAUCCGCUAUGCAAAGAUUGCAGUGCAGCUGAAAAAUAAGACAGUCCGUGAUGUGGCAUUACGUUGUCGAUGGAUGACUAAGAAAGAAAUUAGCAAGAGAAGGAAGGAAGAUUUUAAUGCCACAAGGAAAAAUAAAGAUAAAAAGGAUAAGUUCGUCGAUCCUCUAGCAAAGCCAUCUCGUUUGGGAGAGCAGCCGAGUUUACUUCAUGCUUCAGGAAUGAUUAACAAUAACAAUGGUGAUAGCGUCUUCUAUAAUGGCAUCGAGAGUGUGACUCGGCUACUUCUUCAGGAGAACACUUGGACCUUCGAACAGAUAUCUGCAAAUUUUAACACUCAUCAGUUACAUGAGAACAUCGGUCUACUGCGACAAGCUCGAGAUAACAUCUUCAAAAUCUUGAACAACUUGAACGACAUGACUCCAACAAUGAAGAUGAUGCCUCCACUUCCCAAAUUGAAUGAAGAGCUAGCCAACUCCAUUCUUGAUGCAACGAUAACCCAGUCGUCGAAGAAGUUCGAUUAUUAUCUAGCUAGCUAG